AUGAUUCUAUUGAAACAGCUCCUUCUAUUGUCCUUGGUUUUGCCGUUCGCUUUCCCUAAAGACGCUGAGCCAUCUCUGAUCGUCCAAAUCAACCAGCCACAGCUGGAUAAACUCGACGCCCAAGCACAUUGUACAAGCUGGAGGGUGGCUGUGGAGGCCAACAAUCUGAGCCCUUGGAAGACGGUUCCUGAAGAGUGCCGUGAUUAUGUGAUGGAAUAUAUGAGAGGGAGAGGGUACCUCCUCGAUCUCCAGAGGAUCGCCGAUGAGGCUGUAUUGCAUGCCAGAAGUGUUAAGUUGAACGGGGGAUGGGAAAUUCGCCUGGGUUUUUGA